GCUCCGUCUCUGUGCGGGCGGGCGGAAGAGGAGGCGGGCGAUAAUUGAAGCGGGCUGGAAGCGCAGGUGGCGUUUCUCAGUAGAACCUUCCUGGGACCGUCCCGGGGUCGCGAGGUGCUAUGGCGGCGCUGAAGUACGCGGGGCUGGACGACACCGACAGCGACGAGGAGCUUCCCCCCGGGGAGGAGAGGACCACGAAGGAUGGCUGGGUCUACUACGCCAAUCACCUGGAAGAAAGAACUCAGUGGGAUCAUCCCAAAUCUGGGAAACGGAAACGAGUUGCAGGAGAUUUGCCAUAUGGAUGGGAGCAAGAAACAGAUGAAAAUGGACAAGUCUACUUUGUUGACCACAUAAAUAAAAGGACAACAUACCUUGACCCAAGACUAGCAUUUACAGUAGAAGAUAAUCCAAUGAAACCCAAUGCCAAGCAGAAGUAUGAUGGAAACACCACUGCAAUGGAAAUCCUUCAGGGUCGUGAUAUGAGUGGAAAAGUGAUCAUAGUCACUGGAGCAAAUUCAGGAAUAGGCUUUGAAACAGCCAAGUCCUUUGCACUACAUGGUGCACAUGUCAUCCUUGCCUGCCGAAAUACGUUAAGAGCUAAUGACGCUGUCCAACGGAUCAUGGAAGAAUGGCACAAAGCCAAAGUAGAAGCAAUAACCUUAGACCUUGCAUCUCUUCAUAGUGUUCAGGAGUUUGCUGAAGCAUUCAAAUCCAAGCAUGUGUCUCUCCAUGUGCUGAUCUGCAAUGCUGCUACUUUUUUGGCUCCUUGGGAACUGACUGAAGAUGGUCUGGAGUCCACCUUCCAGGUGAAUCACUUGGGACACUUCUAUCUCAUUCAGCUUCUUGAAGAUGUUCUCCGUCGCUCAGUUCCUGCAAGAGUUGUGAUGGUUUCCUCAGAAUCACAUAGGUUCACGGAUAUUAAAGACAACUCAGGAAAACUUGACUUCAACACACUUUCUCCAUCAAAGAAGGAAUACUGGUCUAUGUUGGCCUACAACCGGUCUAAGUUGUGCAAUAUUCUUUUAUCCAAUGAGCUGAACCGCCGCCUUUCUCCCCAUGGUGUGACAUCAAAUGCAGUGCAUCCUGGAAAUAUGAUGUACACAUCCCUUCAUCACAACUGGUGGCUGUUUACCCUGCUGUUUACCUUGGCUCGUCCUUUCACUAAAUCCAUGCAACAAGGAGCGGCCACGACUGUCUACUGUGCUGUUGCCCCAGAACUGGAAGGCCUGGGAGGGAUGUACUUCAACAACUGCUGCCGUUGCCUGCCAUCACAAGAGGCGCAGAAUGAAAUGACUGCAGCAGCCUUGUGGGAGCUCAGCGAGAAGCUGAUCCAAGAACGAAUUGGCAGGCAGGGCAAGUAGUGGGCAGCUCCUGGAAAGAUCAAAACCCAAGCAGAGAGGGAGGGAGAGAGAAAUGCUGUUGCUGGGGGGG